AAAAAAAGUCCAUUCCCCUCCCGCUUUCCCGCUGGCGGAGGGGCCACACCCGACGAACCGGCGACUCACGGAGCGGCGGACCCUCGCUCCGUAGCGAGCCUGAGUCCCGCCGCCGACGGCGCCCCACGCCCCAGCCCUUUUCAACCGGUGGCACGAGAACUCUACCGCCGGGAGCGUGCAUCUCGCGGCGGCCCUCGCCCCUCCACCAGUCCACCUCCACGCACCGUCGGGUGAUCUGCUGCAAUAAAAAUGGCUUCAUCGUCAGUGUUCCGGAGAGUGAAUGUCAAAGAACUGAUCUCAAAUGCUUCGGUCUAUGCUAGCGCAACAGAAUCUUCUGGAGGAAUGAGCUUAGUGUUUAGACGCUGGGCUACUAAGAAGACUGCUGGAUCAACUAAAAAUGGCCGUGACUCCAAUCCCAAGUAUUUGGGUGUAAAGAAGUUUGGUGGAGAGAAAGUGGAACCGGGAAACUUCAUUGUCCGCCAAAGGGGGACUCGCUUCCACCCUGGGAACUAUGUCGGCAUGGGCAAGGAUCACACUCUCUUCUGCCUUAAGGAAGGCCAUGUACGGUUCGAGCGCAACAAGCUGUCUGGCAGGAAAUGGGUUCAUGUUGACCCUGUGGCUGGUCAUGAUCUACACCCAGUCUACACCAGUGGUUCCACUACUGCAGUCGACCUGGAGGUGCACUUGUAGUGACCACUGACCACGCAGUUGCUUCUCCAGUUCUCCUGCAGAUGUUGCUUCUUAAACAGUGCAACUUGUUCCAGUAAAGAUGCUUGCGAGUAAGAGAUGCUUCCAUUACGUAGUACCCUUUUGCUCAACUGAGAAUUUCAGCAUGUUCAAUAUUUCCAUUUUUAUAAGAGCACCUUUUCCGGACACAAUAUUAGUUUUGUGGGUUCAUGUCUGCUAAAUUAUACGCAAAAGAUUUACGUAUCAUUGUAUUAAUAAGUAGAAGAGUUUAAACAUAUGGACAACAUGCUUUUAUCAGGCGCCGGAGAAGGUCGAACUAAAACAGCCAUCUGCUAAAUUGUUGUUGACUGAUGGACCUGAAUUUUAUUGUGUGCUUCCGA